AAGAUAGGAGCCCUCUUUCAUCGUCCCCUGCCUAAUUCAUCCUAACGUUAGAGAGCAUGCCCAAUUCGAGCAAUGGUCCAACGGAAACUACAUCACAGGGCCACAAGAGAACAAUGGGGUUCCUUGAAAAUGUGAAGCAGAAAAUAGUUCCCUUGGCUAAUGUCCUAAAGAAGCAGGAGAAUUACAUUAUCCAUGCACUCUUAACGGGUGUCUUUGUUUCCCUGGCUAUAAGGUCAUAUGAUCGGCAGCACCAGAUUGAUGCAAUCGAGGAGGAGAGGGCGUUCUUCGAGAGGGAGAAUAAGGCCCUGAAGAAGAGCAUGUGGACUUUAAAAGAAGGGCUUCUUCAAGAGGCUGCUAAACAGAAUGAUCACGAUCUUAUCUGUAGGCUCAAAGCUAUAUUUGGUCAAACCAGUACCAUCGAGGAAAGGAGACCAGAUUCUACUGUGCCAAAGACAAAAUUUGUUAUUUGAAGCACUCUCAAAGUUUUGAUUGUUUUGGGGAUAUUGGCACUGUUAAAGAUUCUAAUCAUAAACUUCAAGAAUAUCAUCAGGACUAACUUUUUUAAUGCCAAAUGUUGAUGAUUGGCAGAGUUAUUUUGCGUUUAAAGUUCAAUGACAGCUUGACUGGUGUAAUGAUCCAUUGCUUGAAGGACUUAUAUUGUUGCGUGAGAACAGCUUAUAGUUUUGUGGAUUAGAACUACCAUACAAAUAGAUAAUCCGACUGAUUAUAGAUUCUAGGCAGCAUGAACAGUUCUCUUUUUUAUAAUCCAUUUGGCAGCGGUUAUUUGGCUA